GCCAGAGAGCGCACUGCUUUUCAUCCGUGCGUGAUGGCCACGGAAGCGUUCAGGAGUUUUAAAAUAGGAUGGUUCCGCAACUCGGUGCGCAGCGAAGGAUACCUUUUCAGGUAAGGAACUGAAAAGAUGGGACUCAGAUGGACUGUGGUAAUAUGCUCCGCGGUCAAGUGAUUAAAGUAUUACCCAUCAAGUGAUUGAAGUCUUCAGAUUUUCCUCUUUAACGCCCGUUAAGCGACUACAACAAUCAGAAAGGACGGAACGCAAAAUCAAUUAGAAAAUCAUGCACUGUUCAUAUCCAUGGAGAGAUGGCAUGCGUGCUCCUCAUCAGUCGACUUCUCCCCUUCUCACACCGGCUAAGAGGAACAUCCAUCUGCUUGUUAUCCCUUUUCCUUUCAUAUUUAUUCUACUGUGCUCUAUUCCCUGACGGUGCAAUCAUGCAAACGUCAGGUGAUCCGACGCCCAGCUGUCAGCGAGCAGAUGGAGCCAAAAGGCGCCUUCAGAAAUCCCUCUCCUGCCUUUUACCGUCGGACGCGAGGUUGAGCGGUGUUGAGGCGUCUCGGUUGAAAACCGACCAAAGACCUCAUAUCACUCAUCACGCAGCCAGGAACGACACGCCCAGCCCGCCUAUGAGUAAUUUAAAGUUCGGCAAUAAAAAGUUACCAAAUGCCAUCAUAGUCGGUGUGAAAAAAGGAGGCACGAGAGCUGUUCUGGAGUUCAUAAGAAUUCAUCCGGAUGUGCGCGCGGCUGGAACUGAAACACACUUCUUCGAUAGGAACUAUGACAGAGGCCUGGAGUGGUACAGAGGUUUGAUGCCAAGAACUCUUGAAAGCCAAAUCACAAUGGAGAAGACACCAAGCUACUUUGUGACGAAAGAGACACCGCACCGGAUUUCUACCAUGUCCCAAGAUACCAAGCUCAUAGUGGUGGUGCGAGACCCCGUCACUCGAGCAAUAUCCGACUACACUCAGACAUUAUCCAAAACUCCUGACCUGCCGAGCUUCCAGGAGUUGGCCUUCAGAAACCAGAGCCUGGGCAUCGUGGACAUGUCCUGGAACGCCAUUCGGAUCGGCCUGUACGCUUUGCACCUUGAAAACUGGCUCCGCUACUUCCCUCUGGCUCAGAUCCAUUUUGUGAGCGGAGAGCGUCUUAUCACAGACCCAGCAGGGGAGAUGGCUCGGGUGCAAGACUUUCUUGGGUUGAAGCGCAUCGUCACUGACAAACACUUCUAUUUCAACCGCACCAAGGGUUUUCCUUGCCUUAAAAAGCCAGAGAGCAGCAGCUCGCCCCGCUGUCUCGGCAAGUCGAAGGGGAGAACUCACGUGCAGAUAGACAGAGACGCUAUUGAGCAACUGCGAGACUUCUAUCGACCUUAUAAUGUCAGGUUUUAUGAAAUGGUGGGACAUGACUUUAAGUGGGAGUAGAGGUUUAAGAUGUAUUUUUAUGUGGUACAGGAAAGAGAUUAGCUAUUCCGCAAAUGUUCUUUUAAAAAUGGUUUGCCUUCAGUAAUAUGUCAAGGCUAAAGUGAAUAGCUAACUAUCAGCAGUCUCUAGACAAUUUCCGAGCGAAGCAGCCGAGGCAGUACUUUCCUUUGAAGUGACUCUAAUGAACAGAGUAAAAUCUAAGAUGACAUUGCUCUUGCACUUGUAAUGAUCAGUUACCAGCAUCAGCACCCUGUUUGUUGCCAGUUAUGGGCAUCAUUUUCAGAUUUCGGAUUGUGUUAGUCUGUAUUAUUGCUGACUAUAUUGCUGACUGCUUCAUAAAAAAAGAGAAAAUUUGAGGGGAAGGGGAUUAGUUCCUUUUAAAAUCUGCUUGACUAAUCAAAGUAGAGUUUGAAAGCAAGCCCUUGGAAAAUGUCAGUGAAGUCUUCAGGGAGAAGAGAAUUAAGCUGCACCACUGUGGCGGUAAAUCCAAAAUGUAAAGCCAUAAGGCAAGUAUGAACCACCUGAUAUUACUUAGUCUUUAGUUUUUGUUUUUUUUUUCACAGUGUGAAAGAUAUUUUCUUCCAUUCUUUCCGGCAUGAAUCAGAAAUGUGCUGUAACAAGCAUUUCACUCUGUACUCCGUGCUUUGUUUCCAAAUUCUGGUUUAUGUUUUUGUU